CAACCGCUGAGCCACACUAGCUGGGCUCUUUGGGCAUUUUUAGGUGGUUUACCAAUCUUUAGUAUGCCCCAGUAGAAUCUGAGCCUGCCCUGUCAGAUGAGUCUCUGUCAGAUGUUAUGAAGGUCCCCUCAGGGAAGACUCACUGGUUAUCCUUGGAACCAGGUCGGGUGUCAAAAUUCUCUGUGAUAGGGCACUUGUUCUGGAGCUGUCCAAGGGUUGUCCCCUUUCCUUCGGGUGUUUUUUUCUCAGAGGCUGUGGCAAACAAAGGCGCAGACAGCAGUGUGGCAUCUGACUAGCCCGGGUCACCGCUGUGCUGCCCAAGCUGUGGAUCUGGAAAGGGGACAGAGAGCCACGAGGCACUGUCGCCUGGCCCGUUCUGCUGACUCCUAAGGAUAUAGCCUGACUCUUUUGUCUUCUCCUUUCAAAUACAGGUCUCUCCUUCUGAUAAAAGGAGAAAAGAAGAAUGGACUACAGUCACCAGACUUCCCUAGUCCCGUGUGGAAAAGACAAAUACAUUUCCAAGAAUGAACUUCUCCUGCAUCUGAAGACCUACAACUUGUACUAUGAAGGCCAGAAUUUGCAGCUCCGACACCGUGAGGAGGAGGGUGAGUUCAUCGUGGAGGGGCUGCUGAACAUCUCCUGGGGGCUGCGGCGGCCCAUCCGUCUGCAGAUGCAAGAUGACAACGAGCGCAUCCGCCCCCCACCCUCCUCCUCCUCCUGGCACUCCGGCUGCAACUUGGGGGCUCAGGGCACCGCUCUGAAGCCGCCCCUCACCAUGCCCAACAUUCAGAUCACAGAGGUGGACGCUCCGGCUGAGAGUGACCAGACUUCAAGCCCCACAGACUCCAGGGGCCUGAAGCCCGUGCAGGAGGACACCCCGCAGCUGAUGCGCACACGCAGUGAUGUGGGGGUGCGUCGCCGCGGCAAUGUGAGGACACCCAGCGACCAGCGGCGAAUCCGACGCCACCGCUUCUCCAUCAAUGGCCAUUUCUACAACCACAAGACGUCGGUGUUCACCCCAGCCUAUGGCUCCGUCACCAAUGUCCGCAUCAACAGCACCAUGACCACCCCACAGGUCCUGAAGCUGCUGCUCAACAAAUUUAAGAUUGAGAAUUCCGCGGAGGAGUUUGCUUUGUACGUGGUCCAUACCAGCGGUGAAAAACAGAAGCUGAAGAACACCGACUACCCGCUGAUUGCCCGAAUCCUCCAGGGCCCGUGUGAGCAGGUCUCCAAAGUGUUCCUUAUGGAGAAGGACCAGGUGGAGGAAGUCACCUAUGACGUGGCCCAGUAUAUCAAGUUCGAGAUGCCUGUCCUUAAAAGCUUCAUUCAGAAGCUCCAAGAGGAGGAAGAUCGGGAAGUAAAGAAGCUGAUGCGCAAGUACACUGUGCUCCGGCUGAUGAUUCGGCAGAGGCUGGAGGAGAUAGCCGAGACCCCAGAAACAAUCUGAGCCACAGAAGAAGGGGAUCCAGACACCACAACAGCCGCCGUUCACCUGAGAAGACCCACCGGAAGCUGGGUGCCUUCCUUCCACACAAGCAUUUAAAAACCUCUCCAGCUCCCGACAAGCCACCGUUUGCUGCCUGGAUGGAGAAGCCAGCAGACAGCUCCCCAUCCUUGGAUCCCUGCUCUUCUCCUUUCUUUCAUUCACACGGACUUUUGAUUUUGUUAUAAGGAGGACCCAGAAUGUGUGCAUGUGCAUGGGCAUGCACGUCUGCACACACAUACAUGUCCAUGUGCCUACCUGACAUAGUCACAUGCAAUUAAAUUCCAGGCAACCAGCACAAGUGCCAUGAGGCUGGCGGAUGUGCUGCCGUGGGCAGAAAAAUCAGGGGAGUCACUAAUCUGAGGAAAAAGUUCCUAUGCAGAGAAAAAGUUUCUCCCCUCAAGUGCCUGGGAGCAGCCACACAUAAUCUGCCCAUGUUUAGAAGGGGAAGGAGCUCAGCAAGCUCCCAUUUUGGGGUAUUUAUAUUAGAGAUUCUCCCUAUAUGCCUAGAAGGAUCUGUUAAUGUGAGAUCCUUGGAAAUUAACAAAAUGGCAGCCCCAUGUACUUGGGGCAGGUCUGGUGGGAAGGGAAAAAUAAACCAUCAGUGGGGUAGAUGCAAUAAACCCACAAGUUUUUACACUGGAAUCUUGGAUUUUAAGUAACAAAGAUGUGUGUGAUGAUCUGUGGAUGCCUGUAGAGAAAGGAGCCUGCCUCUGUCCUUGCCUCCAUGGCUACCUCUAGGAGAUGGGAGGGGAGCCUGAUGUCCCCAACUCUUUGGUGCCUCCUUGAGUUGAAGGAAGGAUCUCAUGAAACAGGCCUCACUGGUUUGCACGUGGCAUUGACUGGUGAGUGUGACCCCGGCCUGGGCUUGCUCUGGGGUGGUGGCCAGAAACUGCCUCGACAGGGAAAUGGAGAGGCUCCUUGCAGCCAUGGCAGGAACCUGUGAGCCCAGCCCAUUUCACAUCAUCAAGGGGUCUUCCUGCACUUGAAGCUGCACUUCUGUGUGUUUGAAGUCAAGGCUUUAUUCUUUCCAAGGCUGGAUUCUUGCACGCUGCCCUCGCCUUGUAGAGAUGGACUCUAAGAAGGAGGACUUGUCCUGCUGCUGACCGAGUGUGGGGUUCCGGGAAGGCGUUUGGGCUGCCCUGUGAAGGUGCAGAGGGGGGGUGGAGCCUCUCUUUCGCUUCUCUGAGCAGCCACCUUGGUGAUCUUUAGAGCAGAGACCCCACUGUGGGGGGGAAGGGCAGGCACAGUCUGUUCCCUGUAGCCCCCAUUGGGAAGAUUGCCGGCAGCUGGACACCAGUGCGACUGAUACUGUUUGGAGCGGAACAGGCAGAUGCUUGGAGAAGGGUGCCUGGCUGUGGGAUCAACCAAGCAAGGCCAGGAGCUCCUGGCAGCAGGCAUGUGAGCCCUGCUGGGGUAGGGAUGCUCCCAUCGCCAGUUGAGGAAAGGAGAGCCACUGAUCCGUCCCUGGCAGGAAGGUGGAGCUUUGCAGCAGAGCCGGUCCUGCCCCAGGCACCCUCCUGCUCCCUUCCCACCCCUGUGGCCUUCCAGGCUUCUCUAGAUGGCUCACAGCUGUGGUCUUAUUGUUGACUUUCAAAAAGAUGGCAUGCUGCCACCUGGCAUUUUGCCAGGGGUCCCUUAGCAAGCCUGCCUCUGUUGGGGCGGCACCACCGGCCCAGUGGGGGUGGACUGGAAAUCCGGAGGGCCUUAGCCUCAAUCAAACACCUCUGUGGGCUUUGCAAAAUGCACAGAAUUGGGGAAAAGGGGCGGAGGGGAGGCUUCCUUUGUUACUGAUGAGAAAGAGGUUUGGUGAAUGCAAACAUACUGCCUGAGUUUUGCAUUUGAGAAAAUGAGUUGGGAAACUCCAGUUAUUUUUAUGUUGAGUGUACAAAGCCUUUGUUGGCCCCAGUAAUUCUCAGAGGGCCAGGGAGAAGAAUUUCCACCCAGCAAAUACUAGCCACUAACUUUUCUUGGACAGCUUUUUCUGGUUUAUAAAAGUUCUCUUUUAAUUUGCACUAGCGCUACGAUAGUGUUAAAUGUGGAAAUGCAAAAUGUCAGAUUCGCCAGAUCACUUUCUAAGAAAGUGCAAAUAUAGACUUGGCUCUUUAAAGACAGGGGUCCGGAUGGAAAUGAGGGAAAACCGUAUUUUACACAAUACAUUCCAUUUAAUGCGGGCGCACAUUUUUGUCUUGGGUCAGCCUGUUUCGAGAUCCUUUCUCAGGCCCUCGAUAACCCGAUCAGGAGUUUUGGAAAGGCUCCUUGGAGCAGCAGCAGCUGAAACAGACACUUCUCCCUGGUGUGGAGCUGGAUUUUCUCAUCGGUAUCACAUGGCCCUGCAGUUUUGAACUUCUCCCUGAUUUGUGUGUGUUUAUGUAAUUGCGUGCAAUGAGCCUGAAAUCGUGUGAAGAACAAAGGCCAAUUUAUAGCGUUUUUUCCUAACUUGUGAAAAGCAGUAUAGCCACAACUGCUUUCUUUUGCCAGGGGCUUAUGUUACAGGGUGAUCAGGUGAAGAAAAACCUGAGUCCAUCUGGCUGGGAAGGGGGGUCCUGUUCCCCAGGUGCUGGUGGAGUUAAGCACAAGGCCACAUCCUCUGAUCACAUUAGUGGGAAGGUGAUGGGUUACCUGGGGAGGGACUGAAAGGCACAAUGGAUGGGUGUGGCUGUGCGGUGAGGACUGUGCCCACCGGGCUCCAGGCUGGACAGGCUUGAACUGGGGGUUGAGGCUGAGGUGUGAGGACCUCAGGUUAGCCACCUAUCCACGUGAAAAAUGCCAAGACCUGAGGUUGAGAUUUUGGUCUGAGACUUCAAGGAGAAAUAUUUUCACCCUUCUCCCUACUGGAAAGAAAACCAUACUCCUGGAAGUCUCCAGAUAAAGACAUUUUAUCAUCAGGGUAGAUAAGACUUUGGCAUGAAAUGACAAAAAAUAAUAAUAACUGUUCUCUGAUGCAAAAAUGUCUUAGCAGGAAUUCUUUUCUGCGGAGUUGCGAGGUUACCUGAGUGUCAGGAGGGUGGAAUGGGCCACAGAAGGGCAAAAAGUUCUUUUAAGAAAAGAGCUGUCUUUAAAAACAAACAAAAAACCCCAGUUAUUUCAAAGCUCUGUAGCACAGAGAAUGUGGUGUCAUAGAUGCAUCUCCAAGAUAUAAAUUUCUAUAUGAACAAGGGAAUGUCAGUCUCAUAGUGACCAAACCAUGGUGGAGCUGAGAUAGGAGACAGAGAUCUUGAGAGCCCCAGAUGCAGCAGCAUGAAUUUUCCAAAAUCUUAAAUUGUUUUACACAAAGUCUUGCUUGAACCAGAUGAGAUGGGAAAUGAUUUUCUGUCGAGGCAGAAGUGAAAAAUAAUUGUGGCACCCCUUCUUUCAGAUGUAACUGAAAGCCUUUACCUUGUCACGGGAGGUUACAGUGCCCCUGUGUUUUAAACAAGCACAAGACAUGGACAAGCUGUGAAGGGAAAGCCUCCAUUUACUUUUGAGUCUUCCCAGCAGAUCACAGACCUGUUUCCCAGGCUGAUGGUUUCCCGUGUUUUUGCUAGUGUUUCUGAAGGGUUUCCCACUUGUUUUAGCUUUGUGAAGUGUUCUUUCCUUAAUCAUAACUUGACUUUUAGCAAAGGUACAUGUCCUGGUUUAAUGUUUGGUUCUGAACUUAUAAAUCGAUGUGUUUAGGUAUCUUAACAUAAUUUGACAAGGCCUAAUAGGGAGCCGUGAAUUUCUGUAACAUUUUGAUAUGUUUUAAUGUACCUGACUUAGAGCUUGUUAAAUAAAGCACUUUUCAGAGAGCA